AUGGAAGAAAAAGUAGAAACAACUAGAGAAGCCAUGUCAACGGUUGCACACAAGGCACCUAUAACAAUUGAAAGAAAAGUUCCCGAUGACUUGGACACCAAGCUUCCCAAACCUUAUAUGCCACGAGCCUUGGUUGCCCCUGAUGCAGAGAAUGUGAAUGGCACAUGGGGUCACAACCAUAAUGACAUGUCUGUGCUUCAACAACAUGCAUCCUUCUUUGAUAUCGACAAUGAUGGUAUCAUAUACCCAUGGGAGACAUUCAAAGGUUUUCGCGCGCUUGGUUUCAAUGUUGUUUCUUCCUUCAUAUUUACGAUUAUUCUUCAUGUAGCUUUGAGCUAUUCAACUCUUCCUACAUGGCUACCUUCACCGAAGUUACCAAUUUACAUACAAAAUAUACAUAGAGCAAAACAUGGAAGUGACUCAGGGAGUUAUGACACGGAGGGAAGGUUCAUUCCAGCAAAUUUGGAACUAAUGUUCAGUAAGUAUGCUCGUGAAGUGCCUGAUAAAUUAUCAAUGAGAGAGUUGUGGCACAUGACUCAAGGAAACAGUGUUGCCUAUGACUUCUUUGGCUGGGCUGCAAGCAAAUUUGAGUGGGGUGUUUUGUAUCUUCUAGCAAAAGAUGAACAUGGUUUUCUAUCAAAAGAAGCUGUGAGACGUUGUUUUGAUGGAAGCUUAUUUGAGUAUUGUGCUAAAAUGCGUAAUGGCGCAACUAGAAAAAUGGUUUGA